AUCCCAGGCCCAACCUGCCAAAGGGCAAAGACACUGACUGUCUAAACUUGGUCUCUGUCACUCUGUCUCUCCUGCCUUUUCCUCUCGUGUAGCAUUAAAGACAAACGUUAGAAAAUAUUUGGACUUUUUGUCCGUCUGAUAAAAGAAAGGAAGUUCUAAUUUUUGAGAGUCUUGGCUUCAGAGUUUUUUAUGCUGGAAUACCCCGUCGGAUCAAAUCGUUCAGAGUGAGAAAAAUCCCAAUGUUUUGUCUUCAUGGAAACAUAAUCUGCCGAAGGAUCGCCUUUUCAGAAGGAUUUUAAUUCUGGAAGUAUGACUGAAGCAGCUGAAGCUCGAUCGUCAGUGACAACCACCAUGGUCAUUGACGGGAAGGCCGGAGAGGCCGGCUCGACGACUCUCCGGUCGUCAAAGAAAAUGUUUACAGAUGACCUCUACUCUACGUUCAGCUCCCCUCUGGCCUGGAUCCUGGUUCUGGCACUAAUCAUCACCUGGACAUGCGUCUUCAUCAUUAUGUUUGAUUUGGCCGACUAUAAGACCAUUGCAGAUCGCCCUCCUGCUGGGAUCAGGAAGGUUUUAAAGAGUUCAGGGCGCAGAGGAGGUCUCAGUAAGUUCGGUUCAGAUCCUGUGAAGGUGGUGAAUGAUGCUGUGGAUGAAUCAACAAACAUUAUUAGCGCCAUGUUCCGUUUCACUGCGAACCUCAUUGCUCCAGACGAAGAAGAAGGAAUGUUGUAUGCAGUGAGGAAAAAAGGAGAAUUUUUACCGCCAAGAAGUAAAGUUAUAGGAAUGCAAGUUCAGACAAAACUAGAAAAGGCAGAAGAAGCAUCAAAGGAAGAGGAGAAAGAAGAGGAUGAAGAUGAAAUAGAGGAGGAGGAGGAAGAGGAGGAGUAUGAAAUAGAGGAAGAGGAGGAAGAGGAGGAAGACGAGGAGGAGUAUGAUGAGGAAGGGGAAUAUGAAGAGGAUUAUGAUGAGGAGGAGUAUGAGUAUGAGGAGGAAUAUGAGGAGGAUAAAGAGUUAGCUGAUGAUGAGGAAGCAGAAGAAGAGCAGGAGGAAGAAGAGGAGGAGGAACAAGCAGAUGAGGAAGAGGAAGCAGUAAGCACUGAAGAAGUUGAAGAAGAGGAGGAGGAAGAAGAGUUGGGUGAAGAUGAGGAAACAGAGGAGGAGGAAGAUGCUUUAGCUGAUGAAGAUGAGGAUGAUGAAGAAGAAGGUGAGGAGGAGGAAGCAGUAAGCUCUGAAAAAGUCGAAGAAGGGGAGGAAGAGGAGGAAGAAGCACUAGAAUCUGAAGAAGAUGAGGAGGAGGAGCUGCAAGGAGACAUCCAAGAGAAGGAGGACGAAAAGGAGGAGGAAGGAGAGGAAGAGGAGGAGGAUGAAGGAGCUGAAUUGGAGGAAGCUGAAGAACCUGAAGAGGAGGAAGAUGAUGAAGCUCCUCCAUCAGCUGCAGUAGAGGCUGAGGAUGAUGAAGAGGAGGCAGGAGAAGAAGAUGAAAAAGAAAUGAAGGCAGACGCUGCAGCUGAUGAUGAAGAGGAGGAAAAGGAGGCCUCUGAUGAAGCUGCAGCUGCUGAUGAAGAGGAGGAGGAUGAAGAAGAAGAACCUGCAGCUGCUGAUGAAGAGGAGGAGGAUGAAGAAGAAGAACCUGCAGCUGCUGAUGAAGAGGAGGAAAAGGAGGCCUCUGAUGAAGCUGCAGCUGCUGAUGAAGAGGAGGAGGAUGAAGAAGAAGAACCUGCAGCUGCUGAUGAAGAGGAGGAGGAUGAAGAAGAAGAACCUGCAGCUGCUGAUGAAGAGGAGGAGGCGUCUCCUGAACCCGUUUCCACCUCAGACGAUGAAGAGGAGUCUCUGUCUCCUGAUUCCGACGUUCCCGUCGUCGUCAUAGACAGCGACGAAGAGGCACCGCUGCCUGACGAUGAUGAUGAUGUUAAAGAUGAAGAGCAUGAGGAUGACAGCAGUGACGAUGCAUUUGUGGAUUCCUCAGACAUCAGUGACUCAGCACUUCUGUCCAGUGAGGAAGAUGAUGAAGAUGACAGACUAGCAGCGACGACAGACAGCGAUGAGUUUAUCGCAGAGGACACUGAGGAAGACUUGGAUCUAGAUCUUCCUCACAUAGCAAUUUCUAGUGAUGAAGAUCUCAUCGUUAAAGAUGAGGAAGAUCUUUCUCCUCUACCACCUGUCGAUGAUGAUGAUGAUGGUGAUGAUGACCUAAAGGUUUCUGAGGAAGAUGAUCUGGACCAAUCAGACGACGUUUCUGUGGCUUCCUCUGAACUGUUUGCAGAUGAUGAAGAUGAAGGUAAAGAUGAAGACCUUGAUAAGGACGACCUCAUUGACCUUGAGGUUGAUGAAGAUGAAGAAGAUCUUGUCAAACCUUUACAGGAGGAAGAAAAAGAAGUAGCAGAGGAGGAAGAGGAAGAGGAAGAGGAAGAGGAAGAGGAAGAGGCGGACAUUCUUCCUUUGGUCAGCUCAGACAGUGGAGUGUUGGGCGACAAAGAUGAUGAUGAUGAUGAUGAUGAUGAAGAAGAUCUUGAUGAGGACUCUCUGAGUGAGGAUGAAGAUGAAACAGAGGAAGACGAUGUUGAGACCAGCUUGGAUGAUGAAGAGGAGAAAGAAGUUAUAGAAACAUUGGUUGGCACAGAGGAAGACAUUGAUGAAGCUGAGGAAGACGAAGGUGAAGGUGAAGAUGAAGACGAGGAAGAUGAAGACGAGGAAGAUGAUGAUGGACUUGAUGACAUCCUGUUGUCAGCCGCCAUUGCAGCAGCGAUCACUGGCCAGGAGGAGGCAGCAAAGACUGCAGUAGAUGAUGAAGAGGCUGAAGCUGAUGAAGUCAAGGUGGAGGAAGAUGAAACAGAAGAAGCUGAGACCAGCCAACCUGCUGCUCCUGAGGAGAAAGAUGAAGAGGAAGCUGAAGAAUCUGUUUCUAAGCCUCAGAAAUCCAUCGACAAAUCCGAAGAUAAGGAAGAGGAGUACGACGAAGACGGAGACGAAGAAAAGGCCACAGUGGAUGUGAUUAAACCUGUGCCUGAACCAGAGGAGGAAACAUCCAAAACAGAACCAGCAGAAUGUCCCUGCCUACAUUCUGCAAAGACAAAACAGACUGUCACCAAGACUGCAGAUAAAAAAGAUGCUCCCCGAAGGGUGUCGGCUGUGCGACGGAAAAAAGAACAGGAAACUGUGAAGAAGACAGAUGAAAAGCCAAAAAGACAAGCUCUUCCUAGAUUUCCGGCUCUGGAGCCAAAAGCCAGAAGAAUCCGAAGAUUAGGUCCUCUUCUGAAAGCUAAGAUAAAACAGAAGAGCAAGAUGUCAAAAACAGUGAUGGAGACCAAGGAACAGGAAGAUACCACAGAGUCUGCACAGGAAGUCAGUCCCUGCAGACCUGCUCCAGUUUACUGCCCGGCCCCCCCAGGAUGGUACGUUCAUCACAUCGUCACAGACAAUCCGUAUCCUCCUCCAACUAUGUCAGCUCCCUCUGCUCCGAUUGUGACCGUUCACCCUCCAGCUCCUCCAUCACAGCCUCCAUAUCAGCAGCCUCCUCCUCCACUAAUGCAGCCACUCUAUGCUCACUAUCAGCCUUAUCAGCCACCAGUGCAACCUGUAGAACCUUCUUCAUCAGUACAAGCAGAACAGCCAGAGGCUCCACAACCUGAACCACCGGUGGAGCCUGAGGCUCCGCCGGCAGCAGCUGAAGACCAGGAACCAGAGAAAGUUGUGAGAAAAGCUCCCUCAGUGAAGAAAGCUGCAAAGAAAAAAACUAAGGUUGCUGAUUCAGUAAAAGCUAAAGCUCCGAAAAAAGAGAAAAUCAAACUUUCUGCUGAGGCUAAAGAAGAGAAGCUUCCAAAGGAGAAAUCCAAACUUCCAGCUGAAGCUAAAAUAGAGAGGCCUGUAAAGAUGAAAUCAAAACUUCCAACUGAAGCUAAAAAAGAGAGGCCUGCAAAAGAGAAAACUAAAUCAAGAAAAGAGCCUGCAGCUGUACAGCAGAAGAGGAAAUCAGUGUCUAAGAGGACAGCGCCGGCUGUCAAGAGCAAAGUCAAAGCAUUCAAAGAUAAGAAAGAACCAGAAUCACGUCCACAGCCUCUGAGACUGAGGACAAGACUGGAAGCUGACAGGAGGACAAACGUGACCGCUAGAGCUGAGCCAAAGAAACCAAUCAGAGUUUCCUUUAAAUCAGAAAAAGCUGCAAAGGCUGAAAAGAAACCAGGCAAAGAAGCUGAAGAUAAAGACAAACAGCCAACGAAAACUCAGGAGCCUGAGACUGAAGACAAUCUUACAGAGAAGACAGAAAAGAAGAAACCGAGUCAGAAAUACUUCCAGUGCAUCUAUUUCCCAGGAAAACAUGCACACUAUCCUUUACGACCUUUCACCCCGGCCAUGUCUCCCUCCAUGUUGUCCCCUGCUGUACGGUCGAUGCUGGAGCAGCAGAGAGCAGCCAGAGCAGCGGGACACUGACCCGACUGACGGACAGAUCUCUAAUUCUGUGACUUCCUCUGUCUGUGAUUCAGACACAGGCAAGAAAACAAAAAGAGGACAGAUAGAUUUUAUUUUUACUUUACUGAUUUUUUCAGUGGUUGAGCUGCUGGGGACGCUUCUGAAAUGUUCUCAGUCUUUUGCACCCACAGCUACACGUUUACUGCAAUACAUUGUGACUAAGUUUAAGAUUUUCUUUGCAAAUACAAAAUACAUUUCCAAUCAACCCUUUGGUUUUUUUAUAUAUAAUUUUAACCACAAGGAAUUUGAAAGCUGACAGUUUUUACCUUUUUCUGCUUCGCUACUAAAUGUCACAGCAGUGACCUGCGCUGCUCCUGUUCAUCACAGAUCACCUGUGGGUGCAAGAGAUUAGCAUGCUGACAGUGAAGACUCCAAACCCAGAGGCUCCCACUUUUAUCCCAGCAGCUUCCCCGUCUCCUAACAUCCAGCAGUAAAAUCCAGCUGCAUGGUAAUAAAAACUGAGAGGCUCUCUAUCAGAGAGCAGGAUGGUGUCCUGGUUUAACCUUUAAAUAUUUAAAUUACAGGCAUUUCUCCUUUUAUAGUUUGAAUCCCAGAAAACAAGCUAAUUCCUUCCUUUUUUAUGCCAUCAAGUGAGACCCAACUGCAAUGCAAAAAGUUAAGUUUUACAAACAAAUGCAUAUGUAAAACUAAUUUUUAAAAAAAGAGUAUAUUAAAGAGAGAAACUAAAGUAGAAAAACAAAAGUGUUGUACUUUACUGUACAAAACAAAUUAUAGCAAAAAUGAAAAGCAGUGCAGUUUAAAUAUGUGGAAUUAGAACUGGGUAAUGUGGAGAUUUCUGCUUACUUAACAGAGUGUCAAAAUAAACAAUAAUAUUAAGAAAAUUGGUAGUUAUUUAUAUAUGUUAUCAGUAAAAUUGGAGAUAAAGACUUAAAUUACAUACAACAUCUGAAUUAUCCAUUAUGAAUAUUUUAGAUAACACAGAACUUUGAAAUAAUUAUAUUUCUAUUAUGCAUCAAAAAUACACUUAAUUAUUUUCAAAUAAUUAUUUUAAUUAUUUCCAUAUUUUAUUCGGUUAUUGAAACCUUUUCUCUCAAUGUUUUUCUUAAAUUGUGGCACCUUCAGGCCUCCGUAGAUAACGGUGGCGAAGCUGCAGGAGUUUUAACGUGACGCGUUUGGAGACGGGGAAACUGCAGGACAACUUAGACGUGACCAACUGAAGCGACGCGGUGAAAGAAUGUAGUUUUCUUAUCAGCCUGUGAACCGGGCCUGAUACGCUGUCGUUGUUUUACCUCGAUUCUUCUCGGUUCUGGUGAUGUGACUCAGCAACACGUUCACCGUUAUGGUUUCAUGACUUACUGAGCGCUGCCAGACAUUUCCUUCUGUUGUCUUAUUCAAUAGAAAUCUAUGCUACUGUAAAGGAACCAAAAGGGAGGUUCUACUCCCACAAUGUUUCUCUCCUGAUGGUUCUGUGCACAUGAUUAUCAUCAAAGAAUGUUGAAAAUAAAUAGUUUAUGUGACAGAAUAGUCCAGCAUACUUGUACUGCUGCAAAGGGACUAAAUAAAGCAGUUUCACAUGUGG